UCCCAGGAGCGACUCCAAUAUCAUCGGAUGGAUACUGCUGCCCCCUGUCGCACUUGAAAGUAGUCCCGGCCGGUUGGUUGAAUAACUGUGAAGCGCGCCUAAGCAAUCGGUGCAUUGGUCCCUGCAAGUUCCCAGUAUCCAGUCAUGGCUAAAGAAACCGGCGCCGCCAUCAUGAAGACCCAGCAGCUCCUGGCUGCCAUGGCCGACACCCACCUGGAACACAUGUGCCUCCUGGACAUCGACUCAGAGCCGGCUGUGUCCCGCAACACUGGCAUCAUCUGCACCAUCGGGCCGGCCUCCCGGUCCGUGGAGAUGGCCAAGAAGAUGAUCAAGGCUGGGAUGAACAUCGCCAGAAUGAACUUCUCUCAUGGAACCCAUGAGUACCACGCCGAAACCAUCAAGAACGUCCGUGACGCAGCAGAGAGCUUUGUCCCCGGCUCAAACGAGUACCGGCCCGUGGCCAUCGCUCUGGACACCAAGGGACCUGAGAUCAGGACCGGACUCAUCAAGGGGAGCGGCACUGCCGAGGUGGAGCUGAAGAAGGGGGAGACCAUUAAGCUGACGUUGGACGAUAAGUACAUGGACAACUGUGACGAGACACACCUGUGGCUCGACUACAAGAACAUCACCAAGGUGGUGGAGCUGGGCAGCCACAUCUACAUCGACGACGGCCUGAUGUCCCUAAAGGUCAAGGAGAUCGGCAGCGACUUCCUGCUGUGCGAGAUCGAGAACGGCGGCCUGCUGGGCAGCAAGAAGGGCGUGAACCUGCCGGGCGCGGCGGUGGACCUGCCCGCCGUGUCGGAGAAGGACGUCCAGGACCUGCAGUUCGGCGUGGAGCAGGGCGUGGACAUGGUGUUCGCCUCCUUCAUCCGCAAGGCCGACGACGUGCACGCCGUGCGCAAGGUGCUGGGCGAGAAGGGCAAGAACAUCAAGAUCAUCAGCAAGCUGGAGAACCACGAGGGCGUGCGCAGGUUCGACGAGAUCCUGGAGGUCAGUGACGGCAUCAUGGUUGCCCGCGGCGACCUGGGCAUUGAGAUCCCCACCGAGAAGGUGUUCAUCGCCCAGAAGAUGAUGACCGGCCGGUGUAACAGGAUCGGAAAGCCCAUCACGUGUGCAACACAGAUGCUGGAAAGCAUGAUCAAGAAGCCCCGCCCCACCCGCGCCGAGGCCAGCGACGUGGCCAAUGCCGUGCUGGACGGCAACGACACCAUCAUGCUGAGCGGGGAGACCGCCAAGGGGGACUACCCCCUGGAGGCCGUGAUGAUGCAGCACAAGAUCGCCCGUGAGGCCGAGGCGGCCAUGUACCACAGGCAGAUGUUCGAGGAGCUCCGCCGCACCUCCCACUUGACGCGCGACCCCACAGAGGCCAUCGCCAUCGGCACCGUCGAGGCGUCCUUCAAGUGUUGCGCCAGCGCCAUCGUGGUGCUCACCAAGACCGGCAGGUCAGCCCACCUGCUGUCCCGGUACAGGCCCCGCUCCCCCAUCAUCGCCGUGACCCGGUGCGGGCAGGCGGCCCGCCAGGCCCACCUAUACCGCGGGAUCUACCCCGUCCUCUACACCAAGCCCGCCAACGACGUCUGGGCCGAGGACGUGGACCUGAGGGUCAACUUUGCCCUGGAGUAUGGCAAGCACCACCACUUCCUGAAGUCCGGCGACGUCAUCCUGGUAGUGACCGGCUGGCGCCCGGGCGCAGGGUACACCAACACCAUGCGUGUUGUCCUGGUGCCUUGAACCACGCCCUGCCCCCCCCCCCCCCCCCCCCCCCCCCCCACACCACACCCUACACGCCCCCUCCUGGGGCAUUAGAAAAGCCCUCCGUCUCUCCUCCCCCUUCAGUCCAACUUCUAUAGAGGACCACUGGUCACCUCCACCUCCACAAGGCCGGUCCCCGAGCCUUCUGAGACAGUCACCCCACACAGAACGACAGCAGAACGAAGGCCCACCCGAUUGUAACCCGCAGUCCUCCUCCACCUACCCGCCCUGAUUCCACUUGUGUGAUCUACAGAUGUGUUACUCACUGUCUGGGUCCUCUUCCAUUAGUGUGUGUCUGUCCUGAGGGAAAUACAUGCAAAUUAUUUUAUGAUGUUCUGUCAUCUCUAUUUUGUCAUGUUAGUUUGUGUCUGAUUGAUUUUGCAUUGUUACCACAGAACGCCAUGUCAGACCUUUUGGUUUGGAAGCUGGGUACUUGAGGUGAACAUGUGGUUGAGUUCUAAUGCAGACAUUUGUUCAGUUCAGUGGCCAUCUGGAUUGUGGAAGUGACGUGACAUGGAUUUAAAAAUAAACAUUAACAUCAAAUGCUUUCUUGUUGUUAUCUAACUUUCAAUCUCUCUGUCUGUCUAUCGAUCUAUCAAUCUCUCUGUUUGUCUACCAAUCUAUAUAUCUAUCGGUCUGUCUUGUCUGUCUGUCUUGUCUAUCUAUCUGUCUUUCUGCCUAUCUAUCCAUCUAUCUAGCUAUCUAUCUUCCUGUCUUGUUUAGACAACACACUUAGUGAGUGUUUAUAUCUGAAAUACAUGGUUGAUUUUUUGAGUAAACUACACCCUGCGGACUAUUGAUUCUACAUUAAGAGAGACACCGGAUCCACCGAACCUAAAACAAACACACCAUCUAGUGUUGAGUUCAGGGAUCAGUCGGUAGAAUCCCAAGGCCUCAGCAUUUGUACGAACCAGCUCUGUAAAUUAAUCCCCGGUGGGGAUCGCUGUGGUAGCGUGUCCGAGCAGCUUCUCUGUAAUAAACCACAAAAGGAAAUUGCAUGGAAUAACCCAGACUUUGUCCAUGUUAAUGAUAGACAAUGCUGUAGCUGUGAAUUGCUCCUAAUCCACCCUAAGCUUAGGGACCUCCGCAUGAUACAUGAUUCUCUCUCAUGUAACAUGUUAUAAUACACAUGUCGAUGUAUUUAAAUACCAAAUAAAAUCUGGUUCGGCAGCCGUAUGUACCAUAUGUUAUUUUAUUGCAUUGAAUUCAAUAGCUAAAAUAAAUGUAUAAGACCGACAACACACACGUGAUGGAAUAAUGUGAUUUGGUAAGUCAAAAAGGCAGCCCAAAGUAAUACAAAUGAAAUAAAUGCUUGAA